AUGUCGGGCAAGAUAGACGCCUUCGUCGACUGCGUCUCUCCAUAUUCGUACUAUGCGGCACUGUAUCUAAGACGAAAUCGCAAAGCGCUUGAGUCUCAUAACGUUGAAGUGGAGCUGCAUCCCGUGUUCUUGGGCGGUAUCAAUGUCGGCUCAGGAAACAAACCCCCGUGGACACUACCAGCCAAAGCAGCCUACUCCAAGUUUGACCAGCAGCGGGCAUGCAAGUACUUUGGCGUGCCGACGAUUCGGCCCCCCGACUUCUUCCCUAUCCUUUCGAUCAUGCCCCAACGAUGCAUGAUCUACAUCAAGCGACACUAUCCCCGUGAGCGCUUCGAGACCACCUUCCUCUCGCUGUCGGAGUGGAUGUACUAUAAGAAUAUCGAUAUCAGCAAGCCCGAACACAUGACUGAGCUGCUAAAGACUCACGAUUUCUCCGACCAAGAAAUCAAAGAAAUUCUCGCAGCCGCCUCCAGCUCUGAGUACAAAGAGGCUCUGACAGCUAACACACAAAAGGCGCUUGAUCAAGGUGCAUACGGAGCUCCCUGGUUCUGGGUGCGCAACAAAGAUGGCAAAGAAGAGCCCUUCUUUGGAAGCGAUCGGUUUGCGUUCAUGUGGCAGUACUUGGGAAUUCCGUUCCAGGAUGUGACUAUUGUUGAGAAAGCGCGCUUGUAG